UGCAAUAAUCUCUGGACCAUUUGUGUACAAAUUACAUGAGAUAAUGUCAUAUUGUCAUCUGGUCAUAUCAAUCACUUGAACCAAUAUGACUGGUCAACCUAGGGACCAAUUGCCUUUGCAUUCUGCCUCCUCGUCUAGGUUGAAAACAUGGAUGCAACCCAAGUAGAUAAAAAUGUUUAUCCUUAACCCAAGACUAGAGCUUCAUAAGCAAACCAUAAAAAACUAAACACAGUAAACUCGAAGAAGUUAUUGAAGAUCUGGGUUGCACUGGACUCGUGGACAGAUUAGCAAUUUCAAGGAUGUGGCUAGAAAGAUGACAGUUCUUAUGCUCUGGCAUUUUUGUUCAUGAUUAUAUGGUGAGGAAGGUCUAGGAAGCAAGCAGUUUGACUGGGGAUGCAUGAUGCAUUGCAUUCCUAAGAAGCAGCUUGAUGCGGGGGGAAGAAGUGAGGUCCAUGGUUGAGGAAUAUAAAAUCUGAUUUUUUGAAUUUCUUAAUUAAACUGGGGGGUUCUCUCUUUUUGUUUCGAGAUGUCCCAUUAACUUUUCCAACUUAAAAAACUUACUAAAUUUUUUACUUGUAUGUUUCUAUUCUGCUCUUCCAUCAUAAAAAGUGACAAGAUGUCAGUGCUCACUUUCAAUCACUUAAAUGGCAUUUCAGGUAUAUAUAUCAUCUAAUACUCAUUAAAAGAAUUUUGAUAUCUGAAGAAUUUUUGUGCCAAAAUGCCAGGCGAAAUUGCGAAAGUCUUAUUUGGACGGAGGGAGUAAUUUCCAUAUCAUGGCUGUAGCUUUUAUUUUGGCUAAAUACUCUCUCCCCAUUUAAGUAUGAAGUUGGAGUUCUUGUGAGAUGAGAUGUCAGGGAGUGGAUGCCCAUUGGCAUCUGCUAUGUUGAAAGAGAUUGUAGUUUGGCCUGGGAUGUGAUUUACUUGAGUUAGCAAUAUGUUGGUGUUUAUUACCUUGAAUUAUCAGAGGUUGUUGGGAUUUAGUUUUGAAAUGGUGGGGAUUAAAAGUGUUGUAAGGACUCAUUCAUGUGGUCUUGGGUGUGUGGUUGUGGUGGACAGGGAGGACUGGAGGAGGCAGCAGCUGGUGUGGUGUGGUGGUAUUUUUGCAGGUUGUUUGUGGUUAAUUUACUGUAAGAGUUUUGAAUAUGAGACCAGAAAGUCGAAGCAGAAGCAGAAGCCGGAGCAGAAGCAGAAGCCCAAUGGAUCGCAAGAUCCGUACCCAACGGUAUUCCUACCGUGACCGUGAUGCACCAUAUAAGAGGGAUGGACGUCGGGGUUUCAGCCAGAACGGUCUGUGCAAGAAUUGUAAAAGGCCUGGUCAUUUUGCUAGAGAGUGUCCUAAUGUGGCAAUAUGCCAUAAUUGUGGCCUUCCCGGGCACAUUGCAUCUGAAUGCACUACAAAAUCUCUAUGUUGGAACUGUCGAGAACCGGGCCACAUGGCUGGGAAUUGUCCAAAUGAAGGAAUCUGCCACACUUGUGGGAAGGCAGGACAUCGUGCCAAAGACUGCACAGCUCCCGCUCUGCCGCCUGGUGACCUGAGGCUUUGCAACAAUUGCUUCAAGCAAGGUCAUAUAGCAGCUGACUGCACUAAUGACAAGGCAUGCAAAAACUGUAGGAAGACUGGUCACCUGGCACGUGACUGUCAGAAUGAUCCCGUCUGCAAUUCGUGCAACAUAUCUGGGCAUGUUGCUAGAGAUUGCCCAAAAGCUGGCAUCGUUGAAGAGAGGGGUCCUGGCCAUCGUGCUGCUGGAUAUCGGCAUGCUGGAUUUCGGGAUAUUAUGUGUAGGAACUGCUCCCAGUAUGGCCAUAUGAGUCAGGAUUGCAUGACCAUGAUGAUCUGUCACAAUUGCGGGGGAAGAGGACAUUAUGCAUAUGAAUGUCCAUCGGGAAGGUUUAUGGACCGUUUUCCCAGGAGGUACUGAAGGAUAAUACAGAUUCAUGGCGGUGAUUAACACCCCUUGUACUCUCUCUGGAUGAGAUUUAGUCAUGUUGUUUCAAGACCAACUCUUGGUUGAAUUUUCCUAGUCAUUUAGUUAUGUGCACUUCUAUAACAACUGUGAUUUAAGAGACUUGAACACGGCCAUGUUUUCAACAGUUGCAAGUGAUUGUUUGGUGAUCAUGUUAGUUGAUGAAGUUUGUUUGUUUGUUUGUUUCUA